AUGUCACUGCUCCGCGAAGCUGAAAAAUGUAUCGCUAAUCAGAAGCUCUUUACCGAGCUCAAUGCUUUUAUCACCCCUCUGCAGAGCCUAGGGACGUACGCGGAUCGAAUUCGGGAUGCGGACAUUCGAAGGGAGAAUGGAACAUCGAAAUCCCCCCUCGACGGCCGUCUAAUCGCCAUCAAAGACAACAUCUGCACCCGCUCCCUCCCAACAACAUGCGCCUCCCGCAUGCUCGAGAAAUUCUCCAGCCCGUUCGAUGCGACAGUAAUCAAAUCCCUAGAAAGCGCUGGCGCGAUAAUUGGCGGAAAGACAAACCUAGAUGAGUUCGGGAUGGGAUCGCAUUCGACGAAUUCUCAUUUUGGGCCUGUUAAGAAUUGGUUUGAUACUGUGAAUGGGGCCGAGAAGUCACUUUCCGCGGGUGGAAGUUCGGGUGGGAGUGCGGUUGCGGUUGCUACCGAUCAGUGUUAUGCUGCACUGGGUACGGAUACUGGAGGAUCUGUGAGGCUGCCCGCAGCAUAUACAGGCAUCGUUGGAUUCAAGCCUUCUUAUGGUCUUAUAUCUCGCUGGGGAGUGAUUGCAUACGCCAAUUCAUUAGACACAGUCGGUAUCCUUGCCAAGAAGACAUCGACCGUCCGGGAAGUCUUCAAUAUUUUAAAUCAUCAUGAUGGGCAUGAUCCCACCAACCUAUCCACCGCGACACGCUCCCGAAUAGCCAACGCCGUAUCACAACUCCACUCCUCAAACCGCCUAUCCUCUCGCCCUCUCCGCAUUGGCGUUCCCAUUGAAUACAACCUGACCGAAAUGACUUCCCCCGUCCGCUCAGCCUGGCUCUCGGCCCUCCGCAGUCUCGAAUCCCAAGGCCACACCCUCCACCCAGUCUCCCUCCCAUCCACAAAACACGCUUUAUCAGCCUACUACAUUCUCGCACCAGCAGAAGCAUCCUCAAACCUCGCCAAAUACGAUGGCAUCAGAUACGGCACCCGCGCCGACGGGCCCGAUAAGGCGGGCGAAGAAGGUUCAACCGACUACCUAUACGCGCGCACCCGCGGCGAAGGAUUCGGCGACGAAGUCCGCCGACGUAUCCUGCUGGGAUCAUUCAGUCUCAGCGCCGACGCAAUGGACAACUACUUUAUCCAGGCGCAACGAGUGCGCCGACUGGUUCAGAACGAUUUUGACUACGCCUUUGCAUUGACGAAUCCGCUUGGCGAUAAUGCUGAGGUCGAGAAUCACUCGUCAUCGACAGACACGAAAGUUGAUGUUAUCGUAGGACCGACUACAGCCUCGCUGCCGCCGAGCCUGGACUCUGUGACGGAAGAUCGGGAUGUCACUGUGUCAGCGUCGUUGCAUUCGUAUGUUAUGGAUGUGUGUACUGUGCCGGCGAGUUUGGCAGGGUUGCCGGCUGUGUCUGUGCCUAUCUCUACGACUGGUGAUGAUCUGGGAUUCAAUAAAGUCGGGAUUCAGAUCAUUGGGCAGUAUGGUGAUGACGAUCUUGUCUUGAAAGUUGCGGAGCUGUUAGAGGAAGUCGACGACAGGUCCAAAUAG